UUUAAAAAAUCAUUUGUUUAAGCUUAAUUGCAUGUACAAUUAUUGGUUUAUGGCUCGAAUAAUACGACGACUUGUAAUAAUAAUACCGCCCAUGUUUUCGUGGCACAAAUAUUUAAUAUUUCGGUACCUACGCCAUCGUCUUCUUCUACUAUAUAUAGUCUAGACAUAGACACCAUCAAGAAGAAGAAAAAAAACACAUACCACAUUCUCCACUCAUGGCAAAACUCAUCCUCAUCAUCGUCACCCAAAUCCUCCUCAUCGCAGCCGUUGUUUCCGCCCGUAAAGGCGAAAACUUUGCAAAAACCAUUGACAAAAAACAUUUUGGCCUCCGUAAGGAGAAACUCACUCAUUUCCGUGUCUACUGGCACGACAUUUUAAGCGGCUCAAACCCUAGUUCGGUCGUGAUCAACCCUCCUAUCUCCAACUCUUCCUUCUUCGGAUCGGUCACUGUGAUCGAUAACCGAUUAACUACGGAGGUCGCGGUGAAUUCGACUUUAGUGGGACAAGCGCAAGGGAUCUACGCUGCUACUGGUCAACGUGAUGCAUCUGCGCUUAUGGUGAUGAACUUUGCGUUCAAGACAGGGAAGUAUAACGGAAGUUCGAUCGCGAUUCUUGGCCGGAACGCUGUGUUGACCAAGGUUAGGGAGAUGCCGGUGAUUGGAGGAAGUGGACUCUUCCGGUUUGCUAGAGGUUAUGUCGAGGCUCGGACCAUGUGGUUUGAUCAAAAGUCAGGAGAUGCUACUGUUGAGUACAGCUGUUAUGUCUUGCAUUAUUGAUGAUAGUGAUGAAUUAUUAUGCCUCUCUUUUUUAAUGUUUGAUAAAAUACUUUUUGUUGGAUUUUGUCUGCUUAAAGUGAUGGAUGAUUUUUGGGGGACUAUGUCUUUUAAUAGAUUUUGAUACUUCUUUUUUUUUUGACGUGAUUUUUGUUUUUGUAUUUGCUACAUCUCACACUACCGUUUGGUCUUAAUCUAAUGGCCAAGCGAGUAUUGAAAGAGGCAAUUCCUUUUUAAAAUAUCUUAAUGGCCUUAAAUGAACAUCAUCGGCCCAUUGUUUUCCUUUUUAACGAGCAUAUGUAUAUGUAACGUAGGUGAUUGUGAGAUACAACUAUAUUAAGC